CACUUCAUAUUUAUUUUAAAGGCAAAACUUUAGUUAACUUAUUUAAUAUACGGCUUUUUUAACUUUAACGGUAUAUAACGAUAUUUCAUUCGCUUUCACGCCGGUUGGUAUUUUCGCUCGCUACGCACGCGGUCACAUUGAGCAAGUGCGAGUGAGAGAGAGAGAGACAGACAUUCGUAGGACAGCAUGGAUGUUACGGCAUGUUGUUGAAAAGCUGAAAAUCUGAUACUUUUAUGGAAAAAUGAUGAUUUCGUGUAAAAAAUUAUUCGUGUUCCGGCAGCUGCCGGCGGUGCGCCGUUGCCUAGCGGCAGCCGCGUUCUCCACGCCACGCGCGACCUCCUACCGAAUCCUCUCCAGCGCCGGGAGCGGAAGUACCCGGGCAGACGCACCCCAAGUGCGCCGCCUGCACACCACGCGCGACCUCCUGGCCAAGGACUACUACGCCACGCUGGGCGUUGCCAAGAACGCCAACGGCAAGGACAUCAAGAAAGCCUACUACCAGCUGGCCAAGAAGUACCAUCCGGACACGAACAAGGAGGAUCCGGAUGCGGGCCGCAAGUUCCAGGAGGUCUCCGAGGCCUACGAAGUGCUCAGCGACGAGCAGAAGCGCCGUGAGUACGACACCUAUGGCCAGACGGCGGAAAACAUUGGUCGCCAGGGCGGCGGAUUCCCUGGCGGAGGAGCCGGUGGCUUUGGCCCCGAGGGUUUCUCGCAGAGCUGGCAGUUCCGCUCGAGCAUCGACCCCGAGGAGCUCUUCCGCAAGAUCUUCGGCGAGGGCAACUUUCGAACGAACUCGUUCGACGACUUCGCCGACUCCAAGUUCGGAUUCGGCCAGGCCCAGGAGAUGGUCAUGGACCUGACCUUUGCCCAGGCGGCGCGCGGCGUUAACAAGGAUGUCAACGUCAACGUGGUGGACCAGUGCCCCAAGUGCGCCGGCACCAAGUGCGAGCCGGGCACCAAGCCAGGUCGCUGUCAGUACUGCAACGGCACCGGCUUCGAAACGGUGUCCACUGGGCCCUUCGUAAUGCGCUCCACUUGCCGCUACUGCCAGGGCACGCGGCAGCACAUUAAGUAUCCGUGCAGCGAGUGCGAGGGCAAGGGCCGCACGGUCCAGCGCCGCAAGGUCACCGUGCCGGUGCCGGCUGGCAUUGAGAACGGGCAAACGGUGCGAAUGCAGGUGGGCAGCAAGGAGCUGUUCGUCACGUUCCGCGUGGAGCGGAGCGACUACUUCCGGCGCGAGGGCGCCGAUGUGCACACGGACGCGGCCAUAUCCCUGGCCCAGGCGGUGCUGGGCGGCACUGUGCGUGUCCAGGGCGUAUACGAGGAUCAGUGGAUCAACGUGGAGCCGGGCACCUCGUCGCACCACAAGAUCAUGCUGCGCGGCAAGGGUCUGAAACGCGUGAAUGCCCACGGACACGGCGAUCAUUACGUGCACGUCAAGAUCACGGUGCCAUCGGCAAAGAAGCUGGACAAGAAGCGACUGGCUCUGAUCGAGGCGUACGCCGAGCUGGAGGAGGACACCCCCGGGCAGAUCCACGGAAUCGCGAAUCGCAAAGACGGCACGCAGGAGCGAGUGAGGAGCCAGGAGCGGGAGCAGCUGCUAAAGCCAGUGCAGCAGCCGCCGGAUCAGGAGCCUCCAAGCCAGGACCAGGAGCAGAAAAAAGCGAAGGCAAAGACCAGUGGACGGACAACGAGAAAACCAAAGCGAAAGAAGGCGGCGGAUCCGGAUCCGGACAAGGCGACGGCGGAGGCGGAGGCUUCAUAAGCAAGAUCAAGUCCAUGUUCAACUGACAGGCGUUGGCAACCCGAUGGCCGAUUCUGUUUUUUUAGUGUCUAAGUUAACGCACGUUAUUGUUGCUAAUCUAAGUUCGGGCGGGAACCGGGGGAGUGUAUUCCAAAUACGACUCGGUUCGAGAUGAAUAAACCAAAUUGACCGUCAGUCGGGCAAGUUCUGCGUUU